AUGAUGUGUCACCCUUCCAUCUGUGGGGACCCCAUCUGCACUCCCACCGCCUGUUGGUUCGCGGCUCGGUCCGGUGCCACACACACCGCACGCACACUCCGCCCUCGUUCCACCGGCUCUCUUUUCCCUCACAUCUCUGCAUCAAAGAUGGUGGUGUUCUACAACGACCUCAACAAGGUGGCGAGGGACAUCCUCAGCGAUGACUACAACUUGAAGCGAACGCUCAAGAUGAAGCACACCACCCCGCACGGCGUGACGGUCACCGCCAAGAGCGAGCACAGCAAGGGCGUCAACGGCGCGUUGGAGGCCAAGUUCUUCCACGCCAAGUCGGGGGUCUCCAUCGACAAGGCGAAGCUCAACCCCGACGGCAGCAUGGGGCUGGAGGCGUCUAGGAGGGACGUCGCCAAGAACGUCAAGCUUGUCGCCAAGGUGAACGACGUUCUCAAGGGCGAGGUCAGCAUGGAGCACACGGUGGGCAAAUCGUCCUCGCGGGCGACGCUCGACGUUGAGGGCAACUGGAUGAGGACCUCCACGUGCAUGGCCGUGGGCUCCUCUCUCUUGGUCGGCGCCCAGGGCGACUUCAUCGUGGGUGCCCCCAAGGACUCCGCCCUCAAGUCCUACAGCGUCGGCGCGGCCACCGGCGGGUCUCGCUGGGGCGCGAGCCUCACCUGCACGAACGCGAUGCAGACUUUCAACGCAUCGGGUUACUACAUCCUGCAGCCCAACCUCGUGGGCUCCGUCAUGGCGGUGACCACACCCGAGAAGAGCGAGACCAGCUUCGAGGCCGGCGUGAGAUACCAGUGCAACCCCAAGACCACCGUUCGCGCCAAGAUGAACUCGAACGGCUUGGUGCAGGCGUGCGCGGUCAACCGGUGCGCCGACAAGGUGGCCAUCACCGUCACCGCUGCGGCUGCCAAGAACGACACAACCCCCAAGUUCGGACUCUUGUGCGCGUUGGGCUAGACGUACCACCCUUGGCGGUGCCAUGAUACCAUACCAUCCCUGGUCAUCCCGGGGAAGAGAUUUCGACGGCAGAACGUGAUCGGGACUAGGGUGGGGAUUAUUGCGGACGGAGAAGGAGGAAGAGCUUACCACACACAAGGACAGAUCACCCUCGUCCUGAAGCAGCCCACUUUUUUUCACAAUUGGCGUCGGACGGUGCCUGACAGACGGGGGUGUCGGGGGGGGGGGGGGGAGGGACUAUGCACCCAGAUUUUUUAUGCCCCAGAAGGGUUUACUGUGUGACGCUGGAUAAGGGCCUUCCAGGGGGUGUGCAACAACGAUAUGCAGGUUAUACAUUCAUCUCUUACGCUAGCCGAGAUACAUCUGGAGGCAUGCUAGACUGCUCAACUUUGAACAAAGCGAGCAUUGAGACGUGCCGAUGGGAGCGGCGGGCGCUGUGUGCUCGGCGCUUGUGCUUCCAAGUGCUGUGCCUCUGUGAUUGCACUCCGUGUUAAAUCUUUCCAGGCAUGUCUUGAUCUCCUUGCGGUUUUCCGCCGAUGGGCGAACAAACCUCGUCUUGAGUCCUGGAGUCUUUUGUGUGUUUCUUUCACGACUACAUUCGCUCGUGGUUCUAUGUUUAAUUGUGGUUGACGUCGAUAAACGGAGCGGGUGUGUUAUGUGUCAAGAAGUUUUUGCGGUGAGUAAGAGGCAUGUGUGUGUGAGCUGUGCUCAAGUGUUGUGAGAACGCGCCACAGAUCAAAGGGUGGGGUGUGGUGUUCCAAAAUUCUUUCCUUUCGUCGUGGGAGCUUGAUGGAAUGUAUUCACUCGAGACUGAGGAAAUAUUAAUGGUAUCAUAACCACACAGUUCACACUUUUUAGCUCGCAGGCUUUCUUUCGCCUGACCAACACUGGCUACGCUUGGCCCAUGAGCUAUUUUUUCACGAACAUGCCUGGCGAUUCUUGUCCAUAUUUUAAUAUGUGCUACUGCUGUAGGGUCCUGAAUCAAUCUAUUCACCUGGUAUUUUGAUACCUGAGGUUUUUUUG